AUGCAUCUCCUCUUCUCCUCCUUUGUCUUCCUCGCAAUUUUUUAUAUCAGCCGAGUGAACGGCGGCGAAAUUGUCGUAGAUGAUUAUGUCAACCCCGACAACCCGGAUUCAGAUGGUAGUGACGAUUAUAUUGUCGAUCAGCAGGGGGAUGGUAAUGAUACGAUGACGGUUGAGGAUAGUGAUGAAGAACAGAUGGUCUUCAAACGUACAAAAUCAGAGCUGUCUACGAGUCAUCUUCGCGAAUGUUUGACAAACAAAAAAAUGGUUGUAGCUUCACCAGAUUUUUUUACCCGAGAUGUUCACAUUAAUGAACCGCCUAUUAGAUUGUUAGGAAUAACAACAGAUUGUUUCGUGUACUACGGUUGGCUACAUCAGCUCUUUGAAAAGAGAGAUCUUGCCAAAUAUGAACUUGGUUUGAGUUACAAAGGAGCUUGUAAAGAUUUCAAACCGUUUCUUAUAAGAACAACAAAUCCUGGAACAAAGGAACUUUUGCUAGUGGCUGUAAAAAGAUUUGGUCGAAGGGCUCUAGUGCAAAGUAUUGCAAGAGAAAGAGUUCUGUUUGGCUCUCAUCAGACUGGAAUCGUAUGGAUGGAGAUGAACCCCUAUGCCCGUCAUGAACAAUUUCUAUCGAAUGAGUUCCCACGAGAUUUCACCUAUGCAGACGCAACUCCUUUGUUUUAUCGCAUAUAUAUUAUGGGACAUUCUUCAACUAAAACUAAGAUAUUGGAAUUGAAAAUUUCAAUUGAUGAAAACGAAAAUCUUGUUCCUUUUAUCACCAACACCGUGCUAGAAGUCGAUCCUGUUAUUCAUCCUCCAGUUUUUGGAUCAACUUUUAUUGCAGCUCAUAAUUUUAAACUUGCAAAUACUAAUGGUUCUGGAUUCGUUUUUGUACGUCAGUUAUUCAAUGAGGACGGAACGCCCAGCUAUGGUCAAUACAAGUCUGUUGGAAUACCAAUCACUUCAUUGGUGACCAGUUCGUUUGUUGGAGCAGGGCCUAGACCGAGAUAUCAAGGUCAUCACUAUCAGAACGACUUUGUGACCGUAUACUAUAACCGUGAAUGUCCUUUAAUUGGAAAUUUCAUGCUGUACAGACAACAAGCGUAUGUGAAUUGGACACGUACAACGUUACCGCCACCAGAAUUGGAACUUAUUAAAAUGUCAACACGUCGUUGGUUUAAUCAACUCCGUUUCCACAGACGUAUGGCAUAUCCUCAUACAGUUCAUCGUGCACAACGUCAUAAUAUUUUACGGAAUUGGAUAAAAGCAUUCCCAGCAAUUCUAUUGAAUUGCCUUCUACUUGGAAUUAUUGUAUGUGGAAUUCAAUGGUGCGUCCAUUUGCAUGAAAGCAGAAAAGCACGGCGAGCUGGUCUAAGCCGUUCAGUCUCCUUAGCAGAUUCUUUCUAG